AUGUCUCACAACAUCUGGCUUGCUGCUAGCGACGGUGACCUCGCGGCCGUUAAAAAGUUUGUCGAGGAGAAGGGAGUCUCAAUUGAUGCCCAGGAUGAGAAUGGAUACUCGACGCUACAUGCCGCAGCAUCCUAUGGCCACAUAGAAUUAAUCAAGUAUCUGCUGGCGAAGGGCGCCAAUGUCAAUAUCCAGGAUCCUGAUGGUGAUUCACCUCUGUUUGUUUGCGAGACCGUCGAAAUCGCAGAGAUCUUGGUCAACGCUGGAGCGGACGCCAAGCAUGUCAACGAAAACGAGAUGACCGCCGCUGAGAACGCUGAGGAGGAGGAGUGGUUCGAGGUCGCACAUUACUUGCGCGAGUUGACUGGAGUGCCCCACCCCGACAAAGAUGUCGAUGAGCUUGAGGAGGACAUGUCACAUCUUUUGGAAGAAGAGGCCGACAGCGAUGAUGAUAAAACCGAAGAGCAGGAUACCACAGAGAACACAUACAAGGACAGGAUAGAGACUAUCAUGAAGGCAACGGAAGCAGAUGGCAAGGAUCGUGAUGAGGAGCUUAAAGCUGUGGUUGCAGAGAUGUUGGCCACGGCUGGCCCCGAGGGCGCAGCCGCACUUUCAAAGGAACUUCAGGCACAGGAGAACAAGCAAUAG